UUAUGAGUGAGUCUCUUACUAUUUUAGAACAUGAUUGUGGGUUAAUAAGUAAAAAAAUACAUCGAACAAAAAAUUGUGAGUCUCGACGGUGUAGUCAAAAGUGACUGAAGUGUCGAACAAAAGGUGUCUUUGUUCAAGGACUCCAAAGAAAAGAGUCGAGCCUCGAUUAAAGGGAGUCUAUUUGAGAGCUCCAUAAAUUUAAUAGUGUACUUUGUUUGAGGGAAAGAUUGUUAAAGAUCAUUAAGUAAAAAGGUGUAGGAAAUGAUUACGUGAAUAGUUGUGAUUUCUAGCCAUAUAUUCGAAACUUUCGUUCCAGCAGUGAAGAAGAUGUUAUUUCGAUCUGAACUUUGCGCAGGAGGAUCGCUUCAAGGCGAGUCAUGGAAUCUGAAUGACGUAGGCCUCAACUCCAUUUACACGCGCACGUGUAUUUCACACGCAUUACUUUUGAAUAGGCCUUGUCUAAACAACCGCAGUGAAGCACACGCGCUAUUCCAGAUUUUAAAAGCCCCCCGUGGUUUCGCCGAAAACAGUCCUCGUUCGAAAAAGUCUCGUAGUAAAGGAGCAAUGAUGGCUCUGAAAACGACGUCUCACCACAACCUCGGCGGCGUCCCGCCACCGGCGGUGGAGUCCAAUCCCGCCAACACAAACAAUGCCGGGAAGACGGUGGUGCAUAAGACAUUAUACUGGGGCCAUGAUGCCCAAGUCCUGUUCACCGGCUGGCCCGGUACCAACUCCGCUAUGUACGCAUUGGCGGUGAUUUUCGUGUUCGUUUUGGCGGUGUUCGUGGAAUGGCUUACUUAUUUAAACUUCAUGAAGCAAAGCGCCGACAAUGUGUUGACGGUGGUGCUGCAGAGCGCGAUACACGCAGUACGUACUGGUUUGAAGUAUAUGGUGAUGUUAUCAGUGAUGUCGUUCAACGGUGGGAUCUUCCUGGCGGCGGUCGGUGGCCACGCAGUGGGCUUCGUUCUCUUCAGAGGCCGAGCCGAAAGAAAGGCGGAGUCAGAUUCCCCCAAGCCCAAUGGACCAUUAACAUUCUAAUACGGGCCUAGCUCAUGCGCACCUUUCCCUUUAUUUUGCCUAUCAUAUCAAUAAAUAUAAAUAUAUAUUUAAUUUCUUUAGAGGCUUUUUUAUUUAGUGAUUAAAUUUGACACAAUUUGAAGGGCGGUGAGAUAUUUGUGUAGGCAGGUAGGUCGGUCGGUGGAAAUAGAGGGCGGGAAAGUCAAAAAGGAAGGAAGAUGCGGAAAAUUAAGGGGGAAGGCAUUGUGAUGGGAUGGAAUCGAGGACUUAAAAGACGAGGAGCGUGCGCGUAGAUAGCCAUCGGUAGUGCGCGCCAUGUGCGGGUUCUUACGUGACAGAUGACACUGCACGUCCCUCCACAUUAACGCGUCCUUCAACCAUCCACACGCCCCACUACGCCUCCCUCCACUACCUCCUCAUUUUCUCACAUUUUGGAUUAUUUUAUAAUAUUUCGUUACUGGGUUAGCCUUAAAUAAGCUCUUAAACACACAUUUACUUUCUAAA